AGCUUUUUCUAUAAACAAAUCUUAGAUAUAUGUAAAUUGUUGCAUUUUUAUAGAAUACAAAUAACAAAAAGGAAACAAAAAUAAAAUAAAAUAUACUAGCAUGGAUGGUUUCACAAUAGAGCAAGAAGCUUUGGUGAAUAGUUCAUGGGAAACAUUCAAGAAAAACAUUCCUCAACUUAGCAUUUUCUUCUAUACCUCGAUAUUGGAGAAAGUACCUGAUGCAAAGGACAUGUUCUCGUUUUUGAAAAACUUUGAUGGAAUACCACAUAACAAUUCAACACUUGAGGCACACGCCGAAUUGAUUUUCGAAAUGACGCGCGAUUCAGCAGUUCAACUUCGAGCAAAAGGAAAAGUAGAUGUUGUGGAUGAUGUUACAUUAGAAUAUUUGGGUUCUGUCCAUGUUCAAAAAGGUGUCAUUGAUCUCCAUUUCAUGGUGUUUAAAGAAGCUAUGUUGAAAACAAUAAAAAAGGCUGUGGAGGAUAAAUGGAGUGAGGAAUUGGAUUGUGCUUGGGGUAAAGCCUAUGAUGAAUUAGCAGCUGCAAUUAAGAAGGCAAUGGGAUGGCCAUAAACAAAGUUUAAUAGAUUAUUUUCUUUUCACUAAACUUGUUAAACAAGUUUCUGUUCAAAAUAGAAACACAGAUUGCAAACAAUGGACAUAAUAGUUUUUUUUAUUUAAUCCGGUCAAGUGUGUUUACUCUGCGACUACAUAACAAUCCAUUAAGAUGACGUUUGUUUCAA